AAAUUCAUGACAUGGCAAACACAAAGAAGACCUCAAACUAACCCAAUAAUAUAUCAUAUUAUCAUGCCUUUCUCUCUCUCUCUCUCUAGCUCUUAAGUCUCUCUCUCUUACACUCUUUCUCUGCACCCAUUUCAUCGUCUCUUUCUUUCUCCAUCGCAACAAAAUCCAACCCUUCUAAGCAGCACACGCCAGUUACAACUCACUUUAUUAUCUACACCCCUUCAUAUUAAUUAUCUUAUCUUUCUCACAAAUACACAUACAUACAAACAACUGCUUCCAAAGAUAAAAAAGAUCCAUUCUUUAAGAGAAUCAAGACCCAGAACAAGACCACGUUAUAGCCUCUGAAGAGAUUGAGAUGGCGGAAAUCCCGAAGUUGGAAUUUUCAUCAUGUUUAGAUUGGGAAGAGAAGAACAUAGGAACACAGAGAAUUUCAGUUUCGGAUCACAUAAACGCAUUUCAUUACACAGCCGAGAAAGCCGAUAGCUUUGUGAUUGAUAUGGAUGCCUUCUCUUCCGCCAACAACAAAGAAGCCACCAAUGCAAAUUCGAGAAUUACGUUGCAGAGGAGCCUUUCCAGGAAGGGAUCCCAGCGUUUGGGUGACAAGAAGGUGAUGAAUGGCAAUGCCACACUUUAUGAUAAGGAUGCCCUUCCCGCCAUAUCCUCACCAAAAGCUACUACACUUGUUGGGCCUUUCGUGCCUGAAAAGCAAGCGGGGAUGGCAGUAGUACCCAUGGAUCAUUCCAUCAACCCACAAGCCCAUCACCAGAUUUCUGUGACAGCCAACAACAUCGGUGGCAACAAAACAGAAAACAAAUGUAUAACUAGAAGAAAUAGUUUCAGACGACCAUCUUCAUGGACCCUUGAUCCUAAAAGGGUUCUCCUUUUCUUUGCCACCUUGUCUAGCAUGGGAACAAUGUUGCUGAUAUACUUCACACUGACAAUAAGUAAACAAAGUGCAGAUGAAUAUGGGGGCGAUUUGAAGCCGUGAGUGAAGGUUUUUUGGAUUAUGAUAUUGAACAUAAAAAUAAAAAAAAAGGACAUGCACUGUGGAGCAAGGUUACAUUUGAAAAUCACUGAAUUGGAGCAAAAGUUGGAAGUUAGAAGAAGACAACACUGCGGGAGUAGCAAAAGCUAACCGAAUGUCAGAACCAGUUAAAAUCUGGUUUUCAGCAUCAUCUGUUUGGCGACUACAAGAGAUGGAUAGAAAGACAUAAUGUAGUAUGACAGAGGAGAAGGAAUCUUCCAUUUUAUUUUUAUGUAAAUGGAAGACAAGCGAUCAGAUGGAGGACAUAGCCCUUUAAUUUAUUUGUUGCGUGAUCGCAGGGCUUAGUGGAAGAUCAUAAAGUCACCUUUUUCCUC